UGGUUGUCGUGUUUGUGUUGAACAUAACCUACAAGUGUAUCGUAUCGGCUUUAUUAAUGAUAGAAAUUGACAUUCUUUAUAAUAUUAUAAUAUAUAUAUAUAAAGGAAAUUAUUUAAAUAAAAAGAGAAACAGAUAAAACCUAAGGAUGGAUGCAGAUCUUUAUGACGAGUUUGGUAAUUAUAUUGGACCGGAUUUAGCAUCGGAGAGUGAAGAUGAAACCGAAUAUGGAAAUAUUGGCGAUGAAGGAGAUGAUCGAGACAGAUCCGAUGAGGAAAUGGAGGAAGACAAGGACGAUAUUCGCGAUCAAAUGGAGCAAAAUUCAACGGCUGUUGUUUUACACGAGGAUAAACGAUAUUAUCCUAGUGCAUUAGAAGUUUACGGUCCUCAGGUUGAAGUUCUGGUGCAAGAAGAAGAUGCUCAACCUUUAGAGAAACCGUUAGUCGAGCCAACGAAGAAGCCGAAAUUUCAACUGAAACAACAACAACUUCCGGACACCUCGUACAAUAUUGAAUUCCUGGCCGAUAUGAUGGACGCACCACAUUUAAUACGAAAUGUCGUAUUACUUGGACAUUUACAUCACGGAAAAACGACACUGGUCGAUUGCCUAGUGAGACAAACUCAUCCCUACAUUCAUUCAGUGACCGAUGAGAAACCACUGCGUUACACGGACACCCUCUUCACCGAACAGCAAAGAGGCGUCUCGAUAAAAGCCGCCCCGGUUACUCUUCUUCUACAAGACGUUAAAUCGAAAUCCUACCUUUUGAAUAUUUUCGACACUCCAGGACACGUGAAUUUUUCCGACGAGGCAACGGCGGCAAUUCGCCUCUCGGACGGCGCAAUGUUAGUCGUUGACGCCGCCGAGGGUAUGAUGCUGAAUACCGAACGCCUAUUGAAACACGCAAUUCAGGAGAAAAUUGCAAUCACCGUGUGCAUCAAUAAAAUCGAUCGACUAAUAUUAGAACUAAAAUUACCGCCACUAGACGCGUAUUAUAAAUUGAGACACAUCGUGGAGGAUAUUAAUAAUAAAAUAGCCGAACACUCGACCGAUGAGAAUCCCGGUUUUGUUUCACCUGCAUUUGGCAAUGUUUGCUUUGCCAGUUCUGAGUAUAAUGUUUGUUUCACAUUGAAAUCAUUCGCAGCACUUUACGCGAGGCGAAGUCCAUCGGUUAAUGUCAAUGAAUUUGCAAAACGCUUAUGGGGCGAUAUUUAUUUCAAUUCGAAGACUAGAAAAUUCACCAAAAAACCAGCACACAAUACUGCACAAAGAAGUUUUAUUGAAUUCAUCUUGGAACCAUUGUAUAAAAUUUUCGCUCAAGUUAUCGGUGACGUAGAUUCAACAUUACCUGGUGUUCUGGAUCAGCUGGGAAUUAGAUUAACUUCUGAGGAAAUGAAAAUGAACAUCAGACCGUUAUUGAGAUUGGUUUGCACUCGAUUUCUGGGUGAUAUGUCAGGAUUUGUCGACAUGUGCGUGAGCCAUAUUCCGAGCCCUCAUGAUCAUGCAGCUGUCAAGGUUCAACAUAUUUACACUGGACCAACAGAUUCGCCUUUGGCUCUGGACAUGAUAAAUUGUGAUCCCGACGGAAGACUGAUGAUUCACAGUGCAAAAAUGUACCCGACCGAAGAUUGUACCCUGUUUCACGUUUUGGGACGAGUGAUGUCCGGCACCCUCGAGGCUGGACAACGAGUUCGCGUUCUCGGCGAAGCUUACAGUCGCGUUGACGAGGAAGAUUCACGUGUUCUAACUGUCGGCCGCUUAUGGAUUAGCGAGGCGCGCUAUUCCAUUGAACUGAGUCGUGUACCAGCUGGAAAUUGGGUGCUCAUCGAGGGUAUCGAUAAAUCAAUCGUAAAAACAAGUACAAUCACAGAUCUCACGAGUUCCGACGAUUUAUACAUAUUUCGUCCAUUGAAAUUCAACACACAGAGUGUGAUAAAAAUUGCCGUCGAACCGGUGAAUCCAUCAGAAUUACCAAAAAUGUUGGAUGGCCUGAGAAAAGUGAACAAAAGUUAUCCCCUAUUGGGAACAAGAGUCGAGGAAAGUGGCGAACAUGUUGUACUCGGCACUGGUGAAUUAUAUCUCGAUUGUGCAAUGCACGAUCUACGUCGCAUGUACUCGGAAAUUGAUAUUAAAGUUGCCGAUCCAGUGGUGUCGUUUGCCGAGACUGUCGUCGAGACAAGUUCUCUGAAAUGUUUCGCAGAAACGCCGAAUAAGAAGAAUAAAUUGACAAUGAUUGCCGAGCCAUUGGAGAAGGGAUUAGCCGAGGAUAUUGAGAAUGAAAAAGUAAAAAUUACCUGGAAUAAGAAGAAAUUGGGAGAAUUUUUCCAAACCACCUACGAUUGGGAUUUACUCGCCGCGAGAAGUAUUUGGGCAUUUGGUCCAGACGCAACGGGACCAAAUAUUCUUGUCGACGAUACUUUGCCUUCGGAAGUUGAUAAAUCUUUGUUGAACAGUGCUCGUGACGCAAUUGUUCAAGGCUUCCAGUGGGGAACUCGAGAAGGUCCUCUCUGCGAGGAGCCGAUUCGAAACGUGAAAUUUAAAAUUCUAGACGCUGUCAUCGCCCAGGAACCUUUGCAUCGUGGAGGUGGACAAAUAAUUCCCACAGCACGUCGAGUGGCAUAUUCGGCAUUUUUGAUGGCCACACCACGUCUAAUGGAACCCUAUCUCUUCGUCGAGGUUCAAGCCCCGGCCGAUUGUGUCUCAGCCGUGUACACAGUCCUGGCAAAAAGAAGAGGUCACGUAACGCAAGACGCACCAGUCGCCGGAAGUCCUCUCUACACAAUAAAAGCCUUCAUUCCAGCGAUCGAUAGUUUUGGUUUCGAAACUGAUUUAAGAACACACACGCAGGGCCAAGCAUUCUGCUUAUCAGUCUUUCACCACUGGCAAAUUGUCCCCGGUGAUCCACUCGACAAGAGUAUCACAAUCAGACCACUUGAACCCCAACCGCCCACACAUUUGGCCCGUGAAUUCAUGCUGAAGACCCGAAGACGUAAAGGACUCUCCGAGGAUGUUUCGAUUAAUAAAUUUUUCGACGAUCCCAUGUUGUUGGAAUUGGCCCGACAAGACGUACUUCUCAAUUAUCCAAUGUAAAAUUAAAGUUAUUUUCAAUUACUAUUGACUCUGUAAAUAUGCAAUUUUCACGUCAAUUUUUACCGAAUAAAUUGUUUUUUUUCACUGGAAA